UCUCUCUGCCAUUACUGAGAAAAGAGAAAGUGGAUAGUUUUGUUUUUCUUACCGAGAUAUUGAAGAAAUAAUAAUGUCUACGAGUGUCACACACACGGAAAGAGAAUUGGAUUUGAGCAACGCUGGCCGCGGUGUGUGGCUGGUCAAAGUGCCUAAAUACAUAGCUAACAAGUGGGAAAAGGCACCUGGCAAUAUAGAAGUCGGCAAAUUGAAGAUCACCAAAAAUCCUGGACAGAAAGCUGAAGUAUCUCUCAAAUUAUCGGAAGCUGUCUUAGCCUUGAAAGAAUCCGGAGAAGGAGAAAUACCAAAACAACAUAGGUUAGAUGUUACAACAGUCACCAGACAGAUGCUAGGAGUAUUUUCUCAUGUUGCCCCCUCCGCAAGUUUAGACGCAAUUGUUCCAGAAACAGAGAAACUCUUUAUGGAAGGAAGGAUUGUACAGAAAUUAGAAUGCAGACCAUAUGCUGAUAAUUGUUACAUGAAAUUGAAAUUAGAAAGUAUCAAGAGAGCUUCUGUGCCACAGAGGCAAGUCCAGCAGUUAGAUAGAGUUGUACAAAACUUCAAGCCUGUAUCCGAUCACAAACAUAAUAUCGAGUAUGCUGAAAAGAAGAAAGCAGAAGGGAAAAAAAUGAGAGAUGACAAGGACGCUGUGCUGGAUAUGCUUUUUGCAGCAUUCGAGAACCAUCAAUAUUAUAAUAUAAGGGACCUUGUAAAGAUCACGAAGCAACCUAUUGUUUAUCUAAAGGAAAUCCUCAAUGAAGUUUGUAAUUAUAACUUAAAAAAUCCCCAUAGAAAUAUGUGGGAAUUGAAACCGGAGUAUCGACAUUACAAAGUAGAAGAAAAGCCCGCGGAGAGUACCUCAAAGAAAGGCAACGAAUCAGAGGAUGACUGAUUUAUAUAUAUAAAUAUAUUUAUAUGUUUAUUAAUAAACUUCAUCGAAUAAUGUUUUAUAUAA